UGUAAAAUUGGAUUGCGAAGUAGUUCAAAAUAUUUAUGAUAAAAUAACUAAACUAUAUUAAGAUAAAUUUAGCAUCAGCAGAUUUAAAAACAACAACAACAUGGAAUAAAAGUAGCUUAGAUAAUUAUUGUCAAACCUAAAACUGUGUGACACAAACAAUUGUUUUAAAUUGAAUAUUUCGUCUUUUUCGACUCGACAAUAUAUUCGAGCAUUGGAUAAGUAUUAUCUGAGAAAUUCAUAUACAAUUUACUAGGAUUCCUCGGAUGAUAUCUAGUGGUUUGGAUACGUCCACGUGAAAGUAUAUAGCAUGUGAAGACAGCAACGUGAAUCCGUGUUUUGUUGGAACAUUCCAGCCAACAUCCGUUAACUAUGGAUUUGGAAAAUGCAACAUCUUACAUUCAGACGAAUGGUACAGGUAUGGUCGGUUUGGUUAAUCUGUCAUCGACAAGUUCCCAGUCUUCUGGUGUUAUAGAAACGAUGUCUUCUACUACACGUCCAGCGUUAGAUCAGCUCAGUUCGACAAUAUCCAGUGUUAAUAGUUCGGGAACAAAUCGAACAACAUUAAACCCGCUCACUGAGAUGUUUAGCAGUUCUACGCCAACCCUUGUCAAUUCAAGUUCGGCAGGAACACCAGCAACAUCUACUGUAUCAUUUAAUCAAGGGUCAAUAUCAACGCUGUCUUCCAUUAGCAAUACACUUUUCACCGAUUCUGAGAAUUUGACUUCAGGAUUUUUUUCAUCAGUUCCCGAUAUGUUAUCAAGUACUGGUUUUGAGUACACACAUGAUUUUACAUCCAUAUCGUCAAUGGCGAACGGGACAAUGACAGCAAAGUAUUUGGUGCAAAAAGAUAUUCUAAACGAGUUUUGCCUCGGAGAGCCAUUCUGGGAUGAUAAUUUAAUUAACGUUGACGUUCCGACAUUCUCAACGUGUUUCACGGACACCGCACUGAGCCUGGGCGCAUGCGCGUAUCUAUGGAUGCUCGCACCAUUCUUCAUUCUUUACAUGUACCUCGAUAAGAAGUACACACCACUUCCGGUUUCAAGACUGAAUACGGCUAAAGCUGUUGUAUGUUUCCUGCUUGAAUGCACCAUCAUCCUGCAGUUAAUAUUCCAAGAACACUACGGUUUCCGGUGUGAGCCAGGGAGGGUUGUUCCUCCCUCUUCCUACACCGCCUCCGCUGUCAAAUUUGCUACAUUUUUAUUUGCCAUAGCAGUGCAGCAAAUCCAAAGGGUAAAAGGAGUUAAGACGUCCGCCGUUCCAUUCACAUUCUGGCUCGUGUUGCUGGUGUGUGAAGUCAUUCCCGUGUACUCUCACUCGCAAACCAAGAUUGUGUGUGCAGAGAACGUCACAUUCUACAUAUACUUCGGACUUGUCUUCCUGCAGCUCAUUCUACACUGUUUUGCCGAACAACAUUCCAGACAAGGUUACCAAGAGAUACAAUACGACAAUGUGUGUCCAGAUGAGAAUGCGUCUGUAUUAAACCGUAUUCUCUUCCAUUGGCUAUCAUCGGUGGUGGUCAAGUGCUACCGAGGCAAGUUCAUUGCCACCGAGUUUUGGGAGCAGACGUCGCGAUUGCGGUGCGAUAAUCUUGGUCCUCUUCUGGAGGAUGAGUGGAAAAAAGAGAUUCAAAAGUGCGAAAUUGAAAAGCGAGCAAAACAAAAGACAAAUUCAAGGCCUCGUUAUGAAAGUGAUGCUUAUUGGAAUGACGCCAGAAAUCCUCGCAAUGGUAUAGCAGUAGAAUCUACUCCACUAAUCGAGAGCGGUAGAUUUACCGUGAAACUGCCGAAGGAAAUAGCAGAUGAGGGUCUAAAGCCAAAUCUUUUCAAGACGAUUACGCGGUGUUUCUGGCUAGUUUGGUGUGAAGCGACUGGAUAUAUGGUUAUAGGAGAGACCACGUGGCUGCUACAACCCAUCAUUCUUAGAUUUAUCAUCCAAAUGAUAGAAAACAAAGGCUUAACGGAUGAGCCAAUGUGGAAGGGAUACAUGUACGCCGUUAUCUUGUUCCUUAUCCUUUGUCUCAACUCCUUCCUCUACCAGAUUGGCAUCCACCAUAUGACGACCGUUGGGUUGAGGGUCAAGACAGCACUUAUAUGUCUCAUCUACAAAAAAGCGCUGACAAUGAACAAGAGUGGAAUAAAGGCGACAACAGUGGGCGAAGUUGUCAACUUAAUGUCAGUCGACUGCCAGAGAAUCCAAGACGGAUUCACAUUCUCUUUCUACGCUGUCCUUAUUGUCGUCAUCUUGAUCAUCGCUACCGCUCAGCUGUGGGAUUUAAUGGGUGUUGCCAGUUUGGGAGGACUAGCGGUGGUUCUUGUCGUCUUACCAACAGUUGCCUUCAUAGCAACCAAACAAUACAAGCUACAGAAAGAACUUCUAAGAUUGAAAGGAAUCAGAAUCAAGAUUCUUAAUGAAGUGAUAAGUGGGAUUAAGGUUUUAAAAAUGUACGCGUGGGAACCUUCGUUCAUUAGAAAGAUUCGUGCCAUUCGCUCCAAGGAGAUAGAUUGUCUAUGGAGCUACGCGUGUUACACGGCCACUACGGUCGUGUUCGCGAUACACAGUCCAUUUAUGAUCAAUUUCUUCCUGGUAAUGAUCUAUGUUCUGACCUCACCGUACCACUCCCUGAACGCCGAGCAAGCCUUUACUGCACUGGCUAUCGUCAACAUUAUACGGUUCCCUAUAGCGCUGUGUCCUUUCCUUGUGAACGGCGCAGUUCAAGGCUACGUCUCCGUCGGGAGAAUCCAAGAGUUCCUCUGGACGUCAGAUCUCAAUAAAGACAACGUUUCCAUUGAACAGAAAUCAGAGAAUCCAGUUAACAUACAAAACGGGGAAUUUACCUGGAACACGGAAUUCGAAAAAUCUGUUUUAAGAAACAUUAAUCUGCAAGUGAAUGACGGCGAACUGAUCGCGGUUGUCGGUCCGGUGGGUUCUGGGAAGUCCUCGCUGAUAUCAGCAUGUCUUGGCGAAAUGGAGAAACUUAGUGGUCAAGUAUCUCUGAGGGGCAAGAUAGCAUACGUUCCACAAGAGGCGUGGAUACAGAAUAUGACUUUGCGAGACAACAUUCUGUUUGGUAAACGUCACCAAGAGAAGAAGUACCGGAAAGUGCUGGAUUCCUGCGCCUUGUUGCCUGACUUGGAGAUUCUGGCUGGUGGGGAUAUGACUGAAAUUGGCGAGAAGGGUAUCAACAUUAGCGGGGGACAGAAACAGCGUGUAAGUCUGGCGAGGGCUGUCUAUAAUAACGCGGACGUGUAUUUCCUGGACGAUCCUCUGAGCGCAGUCGACAGUCAUGUUGGAAAACAUUUGUUCAAGAAGGUGAUUGGCAACGAGGGACUUCUAAAACACAAGACCAGAAUACUUGUAACACAUGGCGUACACUGGCUGCCACUGGUGGAUCGCAUCGUCGUCUUGAAUGACGGCAUAAUCUCUGAAAUGGGAAGUUACGACGAGCUCGUCAGCCAUGAUGGACCGUUCGCGCAGUUUCUGCUACAGUAUAUGCUGAAAGAGGAUGAAGUCGAUGAAGAAGAGGAUCCGGAAAUCCGUCGUCUGAAGGAAUCCAUACGAAUGAAAAUCGAUGAGGUCAAGUCAGAUGGUGGAAUGACGUCAGAAGAUGACGUCAUAUCAGCUAGUGGUAGGCGAAUACGAAGAAAUACCGGUAGAUUAAGUAAUGCCUACACCAAGGGUAGUUCGUUACAAAGACAGACGAGCAAGACACCGCUGGUACUGGACACAACUCGACUCACAGUGGACGAGGUGUCUGAGGAGGGCAGCAUCAAAGCAACAGUUUUAGUGACCUACAUGAAAGCGAUGGGAAUUCUUACCGUGAUUAUUGUCUUCAUUACGAUGAGCAUAUUCCAAGGUCUCAACGUGUUCUCCAACUUCUGGCUAACCUUUUGGACGGAGGAUGAACUACUUAAAAACAUCAGCUUGUCGGAGACACCAGAGUUUGAGGAAAAAUACAUGUAUUACAUGCUGAUGUACCUAUUGUUCGGAGUAAUACAAGGUGUUGUGGUGUUCCUGUCCUUCUACAUGGCUCUCACGCGGAUGGUGCGUGCUUCCGGUAUUCUCCACGACUCCAUGUUGAAGAGUAUUCUACACUCGCCAAUGUCCUUCUUUGAUACCACGCCAAUUGGACGUAUGAUGAACAGAUUCUCGAGCGACAUAGAUAUAAUGGACAACAAAUUACCCGAGAGUUUCCGACUCUGGAGUAUAAUGCUGUUUUCUACAGUGGCUGUUAUAGUUGUAGUUGCAGUCAUUACCCCGAUCUUCAUGGCGGCUAUCGUGCCAAUAGGCAUAUUCUAUGCGCUGUUUGUGAAAUUCUAUUUGCCAACUGCUCGUGCAAUGCGCAGAACUGAGUCAGUGAAUCGGUCACCGAUCUACAACCACUUCAGUGAGACGAUUACGGGGGCUAGUGUUAUACGGGCCUACAGAUGUGCUGACAGGUUCAUUCAGGAAUCAAGAAAACGAGUUGAUGAAAACAUAAAGUUCUUUUUUGCGUCAAAUACAGGGUCAAGAUGGAUUGGAAUCCGGUUGGAAUUAAUGGGCAAUCUUAUUGCGCUUCUGGCGACAGUGUUUGGGUUGGUUUCAGAUGAGUUGAACGGUGCUCAGGUUGGACUGUCCAUCACAUACGCGGUCCAAAUAACGAUAACACUGAACCUGGUUGUGUUAGCCAUUAGCGAAAUGGAAAUGAAUAUUGUGUCAGCAGAAAGAGUCACAGAGUAUACAACGUUGCCAUCUGAGGCGGGCUGGGUGUUACAAAAAUCCAAACCACCUCAAGACUGGCCCAUGACGGGUUCCAUAGAAUUCAAGAAUUAUAUUACCCGGUACAGAGAGGGGCUUGAUUUGGUGCUCAAAGGGAUCAAUUGUACCAUCAACGACGGUGAAAAGGUUGGUAUUGUUGGCCGAACUGGGGCAGGCAAGUCGUCCUUGACCUUGUGCCUCUUCCGGUUGAUAGAAAGCGCGGGAGGCGCAAUCUACAUUGACGGUGUGAAUAUAGCUGAACUAGGGCUACACGAUGUUAGGUCCAAAAUUACGAUUCUACCACAGGAUCCAGUUAUAUUCUCCGGAUCACUGAGAAGCAAUCUGGAUCCUUUCUGUAAAUACAACGACAGCAAUAUCUGGUACGCUCUGGAAUGCGCACAUUUAAAGGAGUUUGUGACGGCGUUGGAAGAUGUGCUGGAUUAUGAAUGUGGCGAGGGAGGACAAAACUUAAGCGUUGGACAACGCCAACUCGUUUGCCUGGCCAGAACGUUGCUUCACAAGACACGCGUUCUUAUUCUAGAUGAGGCUACAGCCGCCGUUGAUAUGGAAACAGAUGACCUUAUCCAAGAUACAAUUCGCAGUCAGUUCAAAGAAUGCACGAUACUGACAGUUGCUCACAGGCUGAAUACAAUCAUGGAUUACGACAGGGUUAUGGUGCUCGAUGCAGGCCUUAUCAAGGAGUUCGAUUCCCCACAGACUCUUCUAAAUGAUACUAACGGAGUGUUCUAUGGAAUGGCAAAAGAUGCUAAGCUUGUGUGAAGAACAACAUAGAUAAAUUCAAUGUGAAACCGGGCCGUUGCAUACAAAUUGGUCCAAGUGUCACUCUUAAAGGCCCGAACACUGGAUCAUUUUUUUAAAUAGAAUGGUAAUGCUAUUUUAAGUGUUUAUCUAAGAAUGUGAUCAAAUUUGACAGUAUUAUUUUAUAUUUUUCAAUUAUUUCCAACAGUUAACGCCGUUAAUUAAGGUUUGUUAAACUUAAGUCGAAUUAGAGGUAUAAACUUAGUUCCUUAAUUCAACAAUUCAUCCUCAAUACUUGCUGCUAGUUCAUUAUUACGAGUUUCUGCGUCAUCAUGCUAAAAUUUGAAUUUUUAUGCUCAAACGAGGUCUCCUGCGAGGAGCAGAUUUAGAAUUCAGUUCAGUUUUCUUAAUUUAGUUAAAUUGUUUUAACUACUGUUUUUAUCAUGUUUGUUAUUACGCUUAUUAUGAAAUUAUUUUAACCAGGAAAUAAACAGUGAAACCAUAAUGUUAAGCCUGUCAUUAAAUCCUAUUUAAGUGUGAUGUUAUUAAUCAGGUUAUUUCAUAUUGGCCGAGUUUUGUGCGUAGUAUUGGUCUUUAGCUCAAAGAACGAGGGACAGAUCUGCAGACCGUGAAAAAAUCUGCAUAUAUGAAAUCAACUCAAAAUUUAGUACUUUUAAUUUAUUUGUAUUUCCUGUUCCUUUAUUAGUUAGUUAUAAGUAAGUCACAAAGAACAAAUUCGGAUAUACGUGUUAUGGAAAUUGCAAGUUAAUUGGAACAUGAAAAGACAACAGUUUUUUUAAUUCAUUUAUUUUAAACUAUUGAUUUCAAACACACACCGUAUGAAAUGGUGAAAAAUUGCCAAAAACCAAAGCUGAAAACACUCUUAGAGAAAUUGUUAUGACUCGUGUAUAAGCAAAACAUGUAUGUCGUCAAUCUGGAAAUGCAUUCAUGUAAAUCAUGAUGUGUUUUGAAUUUCGGAAAAUUGCCAUGUCUCACACGUAGGGUUCACAAAUGGCUUGAUAAUGACACCUGGCUUGUCUCCAUAUUAAGCCCAGAAUACUAUUAAUAUAUAUAUAUAUAUAUGUAUAUAGGCGUUGUGUCAACGAUAGCAAAUAGAAAAUAAGGUUUGAUUAUUCUAUACUUUCAGUACCUUUGUUGUUAAAUGCAUUGUUUACAUGUUUCAAUUAUACCAUAAAGAUGCACUCUUACUCCCAAAUAAGAUUUAUUAAUAAUAUUGUUUUAAUAUUCCAAAAAGGGUUAUUAAAUGUCGAAAACAAUGGUUCGUAUGAUGGAUACCGAGUUGAAUUUGAAAGAAAGGAGCAUAAAACACGAUAUUUUUACCUUUUAAGACAAUAGAAGAUCACAGUAAAUCUUUUAGCAUUUGCGUUGUCUGCUAUUAAAUACACGGUUAGAAUCUUGUUAUCAGUAAUUAAUAUUUUUCAUAAAUGCAUUAAUUAGUAACUAGUUAAAGGAUUAUCAUUCAAAAUUUAUUUUUGUUAUAUAUGUGUAUGUAUUGAUUUGGAAUAAGAGUGUCACUUUAAUUUGUAUUUUUAAGUUGUAUAUACUUAAAUUUCUAUUACACAAAGGGA